AUGGAAGAAUUUAAUGUAAAAAAUUUUCUUUUUUCAUCAUCAGCUACUGUUUAUGGUUCGCCAAAAUAUUUGCCACUUGAUGAAAAACAUCCAUGUACUGGAGAUGCUAUUACAAAUCCAUACGGAAAAAAUUUAAUUGGUGAAGAUCCUAUUGGUAGACCAAAUAAUAUCAUGCCAUAUGUUACUCAAGUAGCUGCUGUUGGUCGAUUACCACAUGUGAAUGUUACGGAUACUGAUUAUGAUACAUCCGAUAGAACAGGUGUACGAGAUUAUAUACAUGUAGUUCAUUUUGCUACUGGUCAUAUUACAUGUAUGAAAAAAUUUAAAGAAAAUUGUGGUCUUCAAAUCUAUAAUCUUGGUAUAGGUAAAGGUUGUUCUAUAUUAGAAAUGAUCAAAAUAUUAGAAAAAGUAUCGGGUAAAACAAUUGCUUAUAAAGAAUGUCCUCGAUGA